GAGAAAUGCUAGAGGUACACGUUUGGCUUGUUUGUGACAAGUUGUCUGCUCAAGACUGCAAAACGAAAUGAUUAUCCAUUCUCAAAACUUCUUCACAUUCGUUCCUCAGAAUAGUUGCUAUUGAGAGGGAUUUGAGCUUGCUCAACAAAGGUAUGUUCUUCAAUGCCUGUGCAUCUCAGCUCAAGCUUCUCUCCAACCCCAUGUAAACACCUCUUCCCCUUCAUUCUUAUUCACCGCUGCUUUUCAUCUCUUCCCCAUCCUGUGGAAUCCGAUAACAUUGAAACAUUAGUUCAGCAGCAUCCCCCGAAUUAUGGAAUCAGAAGGGAACCCCCGAUUUCUGAUAAACUGUUUAAAUUCGCCUCACGCUCAGGUUCUCACAAGCAGGGCGACUCCACCUUUUAUUCCCUCAUCGAGAACUACGCCAACUCUGGGGACUUCACGUCCCUGGAAAAGGUUUUUGAUAGGAUGAAACACGAGAACAGAGUCUUUGUAGAAAAGAAUUUCAUUCUAGUGUUUAGGGCUUGUGGUAAAGCGCGCUUGCCUGAUAAAGCUAUUCAACUCUUUGGAAGAAUGGUGGAUGAGUUUCACUGUAAGCGGACGGUUAGGUCCUUUAAUUCUGUUCUUAAUGUGAUUAUACAGUCUGGGUCAUAUAACCAGGCCUUGAAGUUUUAUCAUGAUGUUGUACAUAGGAGGGUUUCUAUGCCAAAUGUCUUGACUUUUAACUUGAUUGUUAAAGCAAUGUGUAAGUUGGGUAUGGUAGACAGUGCAGUGGAGUUGUUCAGGGAAAUGCCUGAGUGGGAAUGCAACCCAGAUGCAUAUACGUAUUCCACUUUGAUGGAUGGGUUGUGUAAGGCGGAUAGGAUUGAAGAAGCUGUGACUUUGUUGGAUGAAAUGCAAAUGGAGGGCUGUUCUCCCACUCCUGCUACUUUUAACGUGUUGAUCAAUGGGCUCUGUAAGAAGGGUGAUUUAGUACGAGCUGCAAAACUUGUAGACAAUAUGUUCCUCAAAGGUUGUGUUCCUAAUGAAGUGACUUACAACACACUGAUUCACGGUUUGUGUCUUAAAGGGAAGAUAGAGAAGGCAAUUAGUUUGCUUCAUAGGAUGACUUCUAGCAAACAUGUCCCUAAUGAUGUAACAUAUGGAACCAUCAUUGACGGUCUUGUCAAGCAAGGGAAAGUCACAGAAGGUGCAUACAUUUUAAAAGCAAUGGAGGAAAGGGGAUACCUUGCAAAUGAAUAUGUUUACUCUUCGCUGAUUAGCGGGUUUUUCAAGGAGGGGAAAUCUGAAGAGGCUUUGAAAACAUGGAAGGAAAUGGUAGAUAAGGGGAUAAGGAAGCCUAACACUGUUGUUUAUUCUGCUGUUAUAGAUGGUUUGUGCCAGGAACGUAAACCUGAUGAAGCAAGGGAGAUACUUUUGCAUAUGAUUAAUAUGGGUUGCACGCCAAAUGCUUAUACAUAUAGCUCCCUGGUGAAGGGUUUUUUCAAAACAGGUAAAAGCAAUGAGGCCUUGCGUGUUUGGAAAGAUAUGGUGGAUCAGAAUGUUGUACCUAAUGAAGUUUGUUACAGUGUAUUAAUCCACGGAUUGUGCGAGGAUGGUAAACUAAGAGAUGCUUUGAUGGUAUGGAAGCAGAUGAUGAGCAUUGAUCGGAAACCCGAUGUAGUGGCAUACACUUCUAUGAUAUACGGGCUAUGCAGUUCCGGGUCAAUAAAACAAGGACUUAAACUUUUCCACGAGAUGUUAUGUGGAGAAUCUAGAAGUCAGCCUGAUGUGGUUACGUACAACAUUCUUUUUAAUGCUUUAUGCAAGCAGGAUAAGGUUUCACACGCCAUUGAUCUUUUGAAUAACAUGUUGGAUCGAGGGUGUGACCCCGAUUUGGUUACAUGUAACAUUUUCUUGAAAAGUAUGACUGAGAAGUUGGAUCCACCCGAAAGCGGGAGAGUGUUUUUGGAUGAGCUAGUGGUACGAUUACACAAGAGGCAGAGAAUUAUCGGGGCAUCAAAUAUUAUAGAAGUCAUGCUUCAAAAGACUCUAUACCCUAAAUUUUCCACUUGGGAUAAAAUGGUUAGAGAACUAUUGAAACAAAAGAAGGUUCGACUAGCCAUUGACAAGUGCUGGAAUGACAUGUUCCUUUGACUACUCUAUGGGGGUCAGACGACGGCUUUUUUGGCAGCUUUUUAUAAAUGUUACACUGAGUUAGCUUUUUCAAAUUAAUACUCCCUCAGUCCCUCUGUCCGGGAAUGUGAUUCUCAUUUAUUAUUCUUGUGGUCAAAUUAUCUUUCUUUCAGUUGCUUUUAUCAAUCUUUUAUCUUUUCCAAUCUUUUGCAGUUUAAUAUUCCUUUUAGUGCAGUCUCUAAAUAUGUACACAUUAAAUUUUAAUACUAAUUUAAAGAUUAUUAGGGGAGAGUUUAUUUUUUCAGUCAGAAAUAGUAAACCGAAAUGGGGAGCUUAAUACAGGACAGAGGGAGUACAAGAUAUUGUAUUUUUAAUGAUAAGAAAUGGUCUAAUAAUCUUGAGUUGCUUUGUGUAUCUUCAGACUUUGGCAUGGUCUACAAUUAAAAUCAACCACGGAAGUUCUUCCAGCUCUAUCUAAUCGGUGGUCAUUGUAUGGCUAGAUUUGACGCAAUAAAAUGGGAUCACAAAUUGCUGCUUCAUGCUAUGUGCUGUAACAGAUGAUUCAAACAUUAAGGAAUUCAAAAUGAUGCCUCCCAGAAAAGAUCUAUCUGAUGAAGAGUUGAAAUAAUUGGAGAAAGGUGGGGUGGUCUUUUGCUGGAAGUUACAUCAAUAAAACUCUGUCCUCUAGUCCAGGAUUGAAGAAGUCAUGAACACUUAUGCUAACUAUAUUCAAGGUCAGAGUCAGCUCUACGUUGUAGCGAUCAAGAUGGUGAAAUUGGAGGUUAUAUCCUUCUACCACCCAUAGACGCUUAUACUCUGGCAAUUUUCAUUCUCUUUCAUUGUGACAAUAAUUCCAACUUGAAUGUUCCUAAUAUCACAGAUACAUCUUCAAUUGCGACAUUUUUUUGUGUGAUAUUCGAUUCAGGCAUUAUUAUCGGGUUCUAUUGGGCCACAAACAGCAUCAUGAAUAACUUUCCCAUGAAUAUCUACCGAAUAGUGGGGUUUGAGAGUUUAUCAAUCUCUUCCAACAUCUCUGCAGAAAGCCUCUCCCUUGGAUUAGAUUUGUUAGAUCUUGGUCGAUUUUAUUGGUUACUAAACGGCUAGACCUAUGCUUUGAUUUGAUGGUGUUCUACGGUUCUACCCAAAAUCUAGCUCUCGUUUUCUAGUGCCUUGGGACAAGGCUAGAUGCUUUGCUGAUCUCUUUUGAAGUAUAUCAUUGCUGAACGUAUGGGCAUGAGCCGGUCUCCUUAUGAUGUGCUACAGGCCUUUUGUUUUUAGAUUUAUUUAGAUGCACAGUGUGGGCUGUGGCCAAUCAUGCAGUGCGCUGCCUUUUUUAGCUUCUUUUGAGUACACCCUGGGGAAUUGUCCAGUGUUCUGUUUCUUGUUCUGAAUUUAAAAAACUUUGCCAUGAAAGCAUAUAUGAGGAGCAAUGUUUUAAGUUCUUGUAGUUCUGCC